AUGAAGAUUUCACCACAGAAAACAGUACUGAUUACUGGUUGUAGCCCAGGUGGGAUUGGAAAUGCACUGGCAAAAGAAUUCAAAUCCCGCGGCUUAUUUGUCUUUGCAACUGCUCGAACACUUGACAAACUCACAGAUUUAAAAGCCUUGGAUAUAAAUUGUUUGACUCUCGUAGUGGAUGACGCCGAAAGCGUAAAAGCAUGCCAUGAAAAGAUCGUGCAACUGCUUGAUGGAAGGGGCCUUGACUUUCUCAUCAAUAACGCAGGGAACAAUAUCGUCCGUCCCGCGAUCGAAAUCGACAUGUCCGAAGCGAAACAAAUGUUUGGAAGUAACAUCAUCGGAGUCAUGGACCUAACCAAAACCUUCUUCCCCCAAAUUCUUCUCGCAAAGGGAACGAUUGUGAAUGUUGGUUCGGUUGCGGGUCAUAUUCCGCUUCCAUUCUACUCUGUCUUCUGCGCGACGAAGGCAGCUCUUUAUGCAUACAGCGAGUGUAUGAGGGUAGAACUCGCGCUAUUUGGAGUAAAGGUCGUGUAUAUACAAGCGGGGAAUGUGAAGACCGGUGGUAUGUGCAUGCGUGGUAUUACCAGCUUGAAGGAGGAUAGUCUCUUCAAGCCAAUUGAAGAUGGCUUUGUGGAAAGACAGGUUAUUGCGGCUACGACUGGAAUGGAUCCCAAAGAAUUUACGAAACAGCUUGCGCAAAAGCUGCUAACAGGGCCCAGAGGCGAGUGGACCGGUCUUCUUGGCUUGCCUGCUUUCUCGUCAGACUUUAAUUCUACACGCAGGCAGCUUUCUACUCAGGAUAGAAGUACCAAGAGCCAAUUCACAGCCAAGAUGAAGUCUCUCAUCGGAUUCCUCUCGAUUAUCGGGUCGGCUCAGGCUGGUCUGCGAUUCCCGUGUUCCGAAUUGACGGUUCAACGUCUCGAUCCUGUUGUUCAGCCAGGAGCGAUUCCUUCGACUCAUGUUCAUCAUAUUGUGGGUGGAAAUGCAUUCAAUGCUACCAUGAACGGUGAUGUUGGGGAGAGGGCUACUUGCACAACUUGCCAAAUGUCUGAGGAUUUCUCAAAUUACUGGACUGCCGCCUUAUACUUCAAGCAUCCUACCAACGGCUCCUAUAUGCGUGUACCAAAUCUUCCAGUUACGCCUCUGCUUGGCGGGUCCGAUGGUGCUAAGGGUGGACUUACUGUCUACUACACUCAGUUCGAUCUUUCCAAUGAUAGGCUCUCUACGCAGCCAAUCACAACUUUCAAGCCUGGUUUCCGUAUGACAGUGGGUAGUCCAGCUGUGACAGGCACUGCCCACGCGGGAUUGAGCUACCAAUGCCAAAGCGGCAACAACAGAGGAACAAUCACAAAGACCAUGCCUACCGGACCCUGCUCCGCCGGUAUCUUUACCACCCACCAUUUCCCAGCAUGCUGGGACGGUGUCAACCUCGACAGUCCAGACCAUCAAUCCCACAUGUACAACACCGUCACCUCAGAAGGCUUCACCAACGCCGGCAAAUGUCCCUCCACCCACCCCGUCCGCGUCCCACAAGUGACCUUCGAGACCGUCUGGGAUACCACCAAGUUCAACAGCAUGUGGACUUCCGGCGCCAAGAAUCCAUUCGUAUGGAGCUUCGAGGGGACCGGCGCAGGUACCCACGCCGAUUACAUGUUUGGCUGGAAAGGCGAUUCCCUUAAGAAUGCGAUGGCCAAGUCCGAGUGCUUCUAUGAUGGCUGCGGUUCUAUCAAGAAGCAACCUAUGGCUACUGCUAACAAAUGUACUGUCAAGGACUUUGUUGCGGAGCCGGUUGAUGGAUGGCUCGCAAAGCUUCCUGGUAUGUAA